AUGGCGCUUCCAGCACCAACCAUCGAUCUCCUCCUCAACCUCAUCGACACGCGCCCGCAGUCCAUCCUCUCCUCGCUCGAGCAGCACCCACACCUGGCCUCUGCCCGCGAUGCACACGGCUACUCGCUAGUCCACGCCGCAGCCUCGUACAACCAACUCGCCGUGCUGCGCGACCUGGUCCAAAAAUACAAUGCCGACGUCAACAUCACCGACGAAGACGGCGAGACUCCCCUCUUCGCGACCGAAAAGACCGAAGUAGCGAAGUGCCUUGUUGAGGAACUAGGCGCCGACACAAAGAUACAGAACCAAGAGGGCCAGACAGCAGAGGACAAGAUUGGCGAAGAGGAGGGCGAGACACACGAAGUGUACCAGUACCUCAGGAGUCUACGCACCGGCGAUGAACCUGCUGCACCGGGCGUCAUAGAGACUGAGGGUGUUCACCCACCGCCCCCGCUGCCCGAUGGUGUUAAGGUGAAUGUUGGCACCAUGGAAGAAGACGCUGUCGAUGCGCCGGAUCCUGAGAUACGGAGGCGCAUUGAGGAGCUCGCGGCGCGGGAAGACUAUGAUUCUGAAGAGGUGCAGGCGCAGUUGAGGGAGCUGGUGCAGGAUGUUGUUGGGGGCAUGGGUGCUGAUGGUGACAGGAGUGUUAGGCGGAGGGUGGAUUGA